AUGGCGGUUGCCCACAAACUUCUGAGCCUCCUGGCUCUGUUCUGUCUCGUCGGCGUGCCGACUCUCCGCCCCGUCGCUGCCGACGAAGCCGAGGAAGGACAAGUCAAGGAUGUCGUCAUUGGUAUCGAUUUGGGAACGACGUACUCCUGCGUCGGUGUGUACCGCCAUGGACGCGUCGACAUCAUCCCGAACGACCAGGGCAACCGUAUCACCCCGUCGUACGUUGCCUUCACGGACGAUGACCGUAAGAUUGGCGAGGCCGCGAAGAACGAGGCGACAAUCAACCCGACGAACACUCUCUUCGACGUGAAGCGUCUCAUUGGGCGUCGCUUCAACGAGAAGGAGGUUCAGAAGGACAAGGGGUUGCUCCCGUACGAAAUCAUCAACAAGGACGGCAAGCCGUACAUCCGCGUCAUGGUCAAGGGACAGCCCAAAGUCCUCGCUCCCGAGGAAGUGUCUGCCAUGGUCCUCACCAAGAUGAAGGAGACUGCCGAGCAAUUCCUUGGCAAGGAAGUCAAGAACGCCGUUGUCACUGUGCCGGCGUACUUCAACGACGCUCAGCGCCAGGCCACGAAGGACGCCGGUGCUAUCGCAGGUCUGAACGUCAUCCGCAUCAUCAACGAGCCGACUGCUGCUGCUAUUGCGUACGGUCUAGACAAGAAGAACGAGAAGACCAUCCUCGUGUACGAUCUUGGUGGUGGUACCUUUGAUGUCUCCGUCCUGGUCAUCGACAACGGUGUCUUUGAAGUCCUUGCCACCGCGGGUGACACUCACUUGGGAGGAGAAGAUUUUGAUCAGCGCGUCAUGGAUCACUUCAUCAAGGUGGUGAAAAAGAAGUACGACAAGGAUCUCCGCACUGACAAGCGUGCGCUGCAGAAGCUCCGCCGAGAGGUCGAGCGGGCGAAGCGCGCGCUCUCUUCUCAGCAUCAGGCCAAGGUGGAGAUUGAGAACCUGAUGGACGGUGUCGAUUUCUCUGAGACUCUGACUCGCGCGAAAUUCGAGGAGCUCAACGCGGAUCUGUUCCAGAAUACUUUGAAGCCCGUCAAGCAGGUUCUGGAAGAAGCUGAUGUCCAGAAGAGCCAAGUUGAUGAAAUCGUCCUUGUCGGUGGAUCCACCCGUAUCCCGAAGAUCCAGCAGUUGAUCAAGGACUUCUUCAAUGGAAAGGAGCCGAACCGUGGCAUCAACCCUGAUGAAGCCGUCGCCUACGGUGCUGCAGUCCAGGCCGGUAUUCUCUCUGGCGAAGGUGCGCAGGAUAUGGUUCUUCUCGAUGUCACCCCCCUCACUCUGGGUAUCGAGACUGCUGGUGGUGUCAUGGCCAAAAUUAUCAACAAGAACACCGUCAUCCCGACCAAGAAGACUCAAACCUUCUCGACCUACUCCGACAACCAGUCUGCCGUGCUUAUCCAGGUGUACGAGGGUGAGCGUCCGAUGACGAAGAACAACCACUUGCUCGGCAAGUUCGAGCUUACUGGAAUCCCGCCGGCGCCUCGUGGUGUUCCUCAAAUUGAGGUUACGUUCGAUGUGGAUCGCAACGGUAUUCUGAGUGUCUCCGCCGUCGACAAGGGAACUGGCAAGAGUGAGAAGAUCACCAUCACCAACGACAAGGGACGUUUGACUCCGGAAGAGAUUGAGCGCAUGAUUUCCGAGGCUGAGAAGUUCGCUGAGGAGGACAAGAAGGUGAAGGAGAGAGUCGAUGCACGUAACGCUCUGGAGGGCUACCUGCACUCGAUGAAGACGACCGUCGAAGACAAGGACAAGUUAGCAGACAAGAUUGAAGAGGACGACAAGAAGACCAUCCUCGACAAGGUCACAGAGGCGCAGGAGUGGCUCAACACCAACCCCGACGCAGAUGCAGAAGAGACCCGUGACAAGCUGAAGGAUGUGGAGGCAGUGUGCAACCCCAUCAUCUCCAAGGUGUACGGACAGACCGGCGGACCCGGCGCCGGUGGUGCCGCUGGCGGUGCCGAUGAUGAUGACUAUGGUGGACACGACGAGCUGUAA